AGGAUUGGACAGAAGAAGAGAAGUAACAAAUAAUACGAUUCGUCUACAAAAAAGUUAUCCUUUUUUUUUGUCAUAGGAAUCAUAAACAAACAAACAUAGAGAAAAAAAAGGCUUGGGACUUUUAUAAUGGAGGGUGAAGAAGAGAUGGCGAAGAAACAGAGUUCAAGGUUUAAGAGCAUUUGUGUCUUUUGUGGGAGUAGCAAUGGCAAGAAAGCUAGUUAUCAAGAUGCAGCCAUUGACUUAGGCAAAGAAAUGCAUAGGUUUGAUGUCUCUCAAGCUGUUCAUGAUGGUGGUCGUCAUAUUAUUGGAGUCAUCCCCAAGCUCCUCAUGAUGCAAGAGGUCGGUUUAUUAAAUGUUGAUGGAUAUUAUAAUGCCUUGUUAUCAUUCAUCGACAAAGCCGUCGAGGAGGGAUUUAUUCUUCCAGCCGCUCGAUAUAUCAUUGUAUCUGCACCAACUGCAAAAGAGUUAUUUAUAAACUUAGAGGAAUACGUGCCUCGACACGAUAAAUAGAUGGUCAAUUUGAGCUUGGAGACGAUUUGUGACGAAAAGUCUUGAAAAUAUGAUGUUUGAAUUAGGGAGUACAAAAUGCAAAUACGUUUUCUGAGUUUUGUUCAUGCGGUAUCCGAAAUUUCGUUUCAUCAUUUUGUUAUGUAUACUAUAAAGUAUAAACUAGUGCACUGUGUUUAACUUUCAGUGAGUUCAUAUACGUAAACGUUUGUUGUGUUGGAAAUCAAC